AUGAGGUUUGCUGUUGAGGAGAUUAAUAAUUCCACCAGUCUUCUGCCAAAUGUUUCUCUUGGAUAUGAGAUUUUUGACCACUGUUCUGACACAAAGAAUUUCCCUUCAGUCUUCAGUUUUAUCUCAAAGAAUGGCUCAAUAAAACCUAAAGAAAAACUCAACAACUAUCAGCCUAAAGUGAUUGCCUUAACAGGGCCGUAUGGAAGCACAAGAACUAUUACUGUUGCGCCAUUAAUGACAAUGGACAUUAUACCAUUGGUGAAUUAUGGAGCUUCUAGCUAUGCAUUAAGCAAUAAACUUCAGUAUCCUUCCUUUGUAAGAACAAUCCCUAGCAACAAGAACCUGAUAGAAAUGAUUAUUCACAUCAUACGGUGGUUUGGAUGGAACUGGGUCGCUUUUCUUGGUAGCCAAGACAAUUACAGUUCAGAUGGACUGAAGCUGUUUAACAAGUAUAUCAGCAAUACUGGCAUUUGUUUGGCCUAUCAAGAGGGUCUGAGCCUAAACGCGAACUACAGUCAAACGCUUAAAAAGAUUAAUAUGCUAAACAUCAAUGUCAUUGUUGUUUUCGCCGUACCACAAUAUGCAGUCAACAUAAUCAAAACAGCCAUAGCAGAGAAUAUCCGAGACAAAGUAUGGAUCGCGAGUGAAACCUGGGCUAUGAAUCAACAACUUCCAAGAGAGCCAGGAAUUGGGAAAAUUGGUACAGUCAUUGGCAUUACUGAGAGAUUGUUGACAUUACCUGGAUUUGAUGAAUUCGUCUAUAAAGAAAGGAGAACAAUCAAUGCUUAUAGCGCUGAGAGUGUCAUCCAUGGAAAGAGUAAGACAUGUAAUCAAGUUUGUGAUUACUGCACAUCGUUGACCGCAGAGGAGAUUAUAAAUGAGAAUCCCACAUUCUCCUUCGCCAUCUAUGCUGCCAUAUAUACCAUAGCUCAUGCAUUACAUAAUGUUCUGCACUGUGACAUGAAUGAAUGCCCAAAAAACAUAACAGCUAAGCCAUACAUGCUUCUGGAACAAAUGAAAAAGUUGGACUUCCCACUUAAUGGCCGUCAGGUGAAAUAUGACGAUAACGGUGAUCCAACCGUCAAUUUUGCAGUCGUACUAUGGAAUACUGAAACAAAUCCUCCACAGUUUGAGAUGGUGGGCACAUAUGAUACAUAUCCAAAUAUAACUUUUACCAUCAACAACUCUCUGUUGCCCUGGAAUAACAAUGGUUCUGUUCCAUUCUCAAACUGCACUGCUGAAUGCAAUGAGGGAUUUUCAAGGGAACCUAAUGGAUUUCAUAGUUGCUGUUUUCUGUGUAAAAAAUGUCCACGUGACAGCUAUGCAGAUUAUUCUCGGGACCCCUAUACCUGUUUUCCGUGUUUAGAGAGUGAAUGGUCUGAUGAGGGGAGCACAACAUGUAAGACACGUACUGUUGCCUAUCUUGAGUUUGCAGAAAUUUCCUCCGUCAUUGUCAUGCUUUUUGCCGCAUGCCUAAUCACUCUCCUUAUUGCCAUAUUUUGUCUUUUUGCUCAUGAUUACAAAACACCAGUGGUGAGGUCUGCUGGUGGCAGCAUGUGUUUCCUCAUGUUGAUGUGUUUGAUGAUGUCUACAAUAAGUGUGUUCUUUUUGGGGAAACCCACAAUUGUACAUUGUCUGCUGAGAAUGCCAUUUUUGCAUUUUUUUUUCAUCGUUUUUCUCUCCUGUAUGGCUGUUCGUUCCUUUCAAAUUAUUUGUAUUUUCAAAAUGGCUGUUAAGUUCCCUAACAUGCACAGCCUUUGGCUAGUAACCUUAGUGCACACAGCCAAACACAAGACCGUGCACGUCUAA